AUGGCCACCGAUGAAAACCCAUCUCCCAUUGCCGACUCCACCGGCGGUUCUACUGAUGCGGUUGCCGGCGCCGGCGCCGACCAUCGACAACCGAAUAUGUUACACCAAGCCCACCACUAUAUCUCCCUAAAACUCACUGCCACCAACUACCUUUUCUGGAGGGCACAACUCGUGCCGUUCCUACGUGGCCAGAAUCUAUACGGUUACGUGGACGGAACUCUCCCAUGUCCGCCUGAAACGCUCGCCGGCACGUCGACCACACCAGCCAUCAAUCCUCUCCACGCCAUUUGGGUCCAACAGGACCAAUCUAUAUUGAGUAUGCUCAUGUCGUCCAUGGCAGAAGAGGUUCUCUACCUCGCUGUUGGUCACAACACAUCCCGCUCGGUGUGGACUUCCGUUGAAACCGCUCUUGGCUCUGCGUCACGGGCGCGAUCGCUGAGCCUUCUGUCCCAACUACAAGGUCUCCGGCAAGGCGACUCCACUCCAGCAGAGUAUCUGGGCAGGGCGCAAGUGCUGGUCGAACAACUUGCCCAGGCAGGACGGCCGAUCGAGCUGGAUGAACAGAAUUUACACGUUUUUCGAGGUCUCCGACCGGAGUACCGGGGUCUCAUCGCCUCUCUCACUACCAAGAGGGCACCUCUUACUAUCCCGGAAGUAGCAGACCUCUUGACCACUCACCACUAUUUGUUCCCCGGAGGAAUCUGCCUCAUCGCAUCUUCCGCAACAUCCGCCGGCGGCCUUGGUUGCGCAACAUCCGUCGGCUUCUUCUUCUAA